AUUCUCUUUUCCGAAGCAGAGAGAAUCAGAGAAAGAAAAGAAGAGAAGAGGUUUUUAAUUUCUACCGUUUUUAGGAAUUAGGGUUAGGGUUUUGAAGAUGAGGCAUGGAAAAGAGCAUCAUUACUCGAAGGGGAUCGACGAGCUGUGCGAGCUGUUACUCAAAUUCAUUGAUUUUUCUCCGGCGAAGAUGCCGCCGGUGACGCCUGCUGGGUUGGUGUCGCUGUUGUUAGGGUGUUCGUUGGCAUUGAUGCUUUGUGGGUUUGUAACUUUCAUCAUUGGGUUCAUCUUGAUGCCUGGGGCUCUGGGGAUGGCGAUGGUGCUUUCUUUGGUUGAGAUUGGAAAGGCUGUUCUUUACCCUGCCAUUUCGCCCAAGAAGAUGCCAAAUCAGACACUUCUCCAAAUUACCAAUAAUUUGACUACAAUAUUAAAAAAGCUACUCAGUAACAAAUCAAAUCUCCCAUGAAAAAUGGUAACCGGUAUCAUCAGCACCAGAUUGAUUGUUAUGCUUUCUGUAACAUUUGGUUAGCAAAAUGCAGUUAUACCACGCACAAAAACCUUCAUCAAUGUACAUUAUUUUUCAAAUUGAUGUACGAUGAAGUUAUAUUAUCACAAUAUGAUGUGAUCUUUGAAUGAAAUGAAUUUGGUAUUGUUUGCCGGCCA